AUGAAGAAUUUUCUUCUAGUUGUGAAUGUCCUGGCAUCAACCCUGCCUUUUUUGGCUGCAGUGGUGCAAAACCAGGAACGACCAGCAUGCCGUGAGAAUGAUGAAAGAUUGUUCAAUCAGAAAACAGUUUCAUAUGUCCCAAUUCUUUAUAUGCUGAAUAGCUAUCCUCAUUAUGAACCUAAUUUCUACCAACGUAAACCAGCUAUACUGAUUAACAGUCCAUAUAUGUUUCACACAUAUUAUGCAAAACCAGCUGUACAUAAGCCACAUGCCCAAAUCCCUCAGCGGCAGGUCCUGCCAAAUAUUCACCCACCUACCAUGGCACGUCAACCACACCAACAGCCAUCACUUUUUGCCAUUCCUCCAAAGAAAACUGAGGCUAAAACAACCACCCCCACCAUCACCUCUACUGCCAUCCACACCAUCACCACCACUGCUACUGUUGAGUCUACACCAAUUCCUGUGAAUGAACCAGUGGUGAACAGUGUAGUCCCUCCAGAAGCCUCCUCAGAGCCCAUCACUUCCUCAGAGCCCAUCACUUCCUCAGAGCCCAUCCCUUCCUCACAGUCCAUCCCUUCCUCAGAGUCCAUCCCUUCCUCACAGCCCAUCCCUUCCUCACAGCCCAUCACUUCCUCAGAGUCCAUCCCUUCCUCAGAGCCCAUCCCUCCCUCACAGCCCAUCCCUCCCUCACAGUCCAUCCCUCCCUCAGAGCCCAUCCCUUCCUCACAGUCCAUCCCUUCCUCACAGUCCAUCCCUUCCUCACAGUCCAUCACUUUCUCAGACUCCAUCACUUCCUCAGACUCCAUCACCACAAGCACCCCAGAGACUACUGCAGUCCCAGUUACUUCAACCGUGGCAUAAAAACACUAA